AAAGUAACCAGUACAUCAGGUUCAAUCACCAUCGUUUCACCGAUUGUGUUCACUGUUCGCGCGUGUGCAGUCGGUCAAGUUAAUAAAAUGGCGGACGAUGAAUUUGUUGAAAUAUCAGAACAAGAAAAAGUACGUGUAGUAUCAGAUUUUAUACUUCAUUCACCACCUGGUGAAUUUAAUGAAGUAUUUAAUGAUGUACGUGUUUUAUUAAAUAAUGAUAAUUUAUUAAAAGAAGGUGCAUCUGGUGCAUUUGCCCAGUACAAUAAGGAUCAGCUCACGCCUGUCAGGGUUGAUAGUAGUGAUUAUCCUACACUCAUUACCGAGCACAAUGAUUUGGGCAAUCAGAGAUUUUAUGAUGCACGAAGUAAGCAGAGUUUUAAGUAUGAUCAUUUGAGAAAAGAGGCAACAGAUUAUGAAGCUCAUGAGCCUGAUUCAACAUCAGAAACAUGGAGAUCAGCACUUCAAGAUGAAAUGACAACUUAUACACAAGCUCAUUAUAGACAUGGUGUUUGUUCGGUUUUUGGAAAGAGUCAAGGAGGAAACAUAACACUGACAUCUUGCAUAGAAGACCAUCAAUUUCAACCAAAAAAUUUUUGGAAUGGUCGUUGGCGUUCAGUAUGGAGUGUAAGUUUUAAUACAAAUAUUGGAAAUGCUGAAUUAAAAGGUAGUUUAAAAGUACAAGUACAUUAUUAUGAAGAUGGUAAUGUACAAUUGGUAAGCAGUAAAGAAGUUAAAGAAAGUUUACCAAUAACAAAUGAAAAACAAACAGCUAAAGAACUUAUUCGUAUUAUUGAAGAAUCAGAAAAUGAUUAUCAAACAGCAAUAUCUGAAAAUUAUCAAACAAUGUCUGAUACAACAUUUAAAGCUCUACGAAGACAACUUCCUGUUAUGCGAACGAAAAUUGACUGGAAUAAAAUUGUCUCAUACAGUAUUGGCAAAGAGCUUAAAAGUCAAUAGAAAAAUAGAUUUUUAAUUAUUAUUAAUAAGAAAAAUAAAAAGUUUAAAUUUACAUUAGCAUUUUUGCUAAAUAAAAAAAACAAAAAAAUACAAAAUAAAACAUUAAUCAAGUCUGGAGGUGUAAUGUGAACAGAAGCAAAUGUACGAGAAGAUAAUUAAAAAAAAAAAAAACAAAUUACAAAAUAAAAACGAUUCAAUUAAAAUGCAUUUAUCGUCGAUAAUAAUUUUAUAUCGACAAAUUAAUAAUAAUGCUCAGUAUGUAAAUGAAAGAAAAAAAAAAAUAAAUAUAUAUAUUACAAUUAUUGUUGGGUUGAUCAGAUUGCACAAUAACCCAGAUCAUUUUAGCUAGCACAAUGUAAAUUUUUAUAUUCCAAUAAUGCAUUAAUUGUAAAAAAAAAAAAAAUAAUAAUACGACUUGUCACUAAACACCUUUGUCUUCUAUUUACAAUUAAAAAACUGUUAAAUAAUUACAAAUUUGUCUACCAUUAAGAAUAAUUUGUUUAUUAUCCAAAAAACUUAUAAAAAAAAAAAAAAAGGUAUAUGUUGAUUAUAUAAAAAAUAAUAAUAAUUAUGGAAAAAUUAUUUUACGAGUUAUUAAAAAUAUAUAUAUAUGUGGCUCAUUAAUUUUUAUUAACUUGUAUUAUCAUUAAACAGUUUAUUAUUUGUAUAAAUUGUUUAUAAUAUCAAAUAUAGUUCAUACGUUGCAAUUUGAUCAAAAAUAAAAUUAUUUAAUUGUGAAAAUUGAAUUAUAAUUAACAAAAAAAAUAAUAUAUUUAAUUUUUCAUUAAAUUGUUGUGCUUAUUAAUACUUUUUUUGGUGCUAUCGCUCACACACACACAUUGCACAUCCAGACUCAAUAAGUAAAAUGAUAAAGGCGAAUAAAUAAAACUAAAAAAAAAAAAACAGAGUCAAAAUGAAUUAAUGAAA